GAGUGCUUAUUCGAAAAUUUGCGAUGUAAUCUCUGGCGCAGCGCGAUCGCGUAAGCUGAUUUGCUAAAUUGCUGCAUCCACGCCUCCUAUUAUUUAUAAUGUAAUGUGUACAAUUUAUGUAUUUGCCAAAUUAUUACGCGUAACAACUCUUCAUGUCGUGCGAUUUCAAGUGUAUUCUAGAAAUUUCAGCGAUUCUCCGAAUCUAAAAUUUACAACAUGGCAAUAUUGUCCGACUUGUGUGCUCAGGUCGCCGGAUCUGACGCUCAUUUGAUAUUGCAGACACGUCCAGCUCGUUUCACACACCGGAUUCCCGGGAAUCUAACGCGACGAUUUCGAUGGUAUCCGACAUAGAAUCGUUCGCCGAAGAAACGAAUGUACGUAGAUUCCCCGUAACACUUCUCGCUUAUUGUUACACGCUGUGGUUGCUUGCUGCAUUAAAUGAAAAAAAAAAUAUUAUAUAUAUACGUGCCUCUUUUUCUAAGAUUUCGGAACAUCGCGAAGCCACCGAGAAUGCUGAAACGCAAUUUAUGGUGCACGAUAUUCACGAGAAGCAGGUGGAUUUAGAGUCUCAACAUUGUAGUGAACAAUCCAUUCAGUGCGAGAAGAAACAUCCCUGUCAAGGAUAUCAUUUGAAUUCACCUUCAAGAGUCGACGAGAUUGUUCAACAUUUCAAAACGAGCACGAUGAAUAAAUGUGACAAUUCUCAGGAGGAAUCAAAGAAUAAUGCUGACAAAGCAAUCGGUAUUAGUUCGGAAGAAAGGCUAAUGACAGCAAUAGCUGAAACGAAUAGUUUGGAAGGAUGGACGAAAGUGACUGAUAAUGCAUUGCGAGAAUGGCACGAUGAUAUGGAAGGUAUAAAAUUAAUUUCGCAAUUGAUGACACAAAUAAAUCUUACUUUAAUUGUCUCCAGAUGAUAACGAUUCGGAAACUCGGCCAAAUAUCGACAGAAAUAUAGAAAAUCACCCGUUGAUGGCCAAUGAUAAUCACAAAUGUGACAAAAUCGAUAAAAAAGUAAUUGAAAACUUACAGGUAUUGAGAUACCUACUUAUGUUAUAUUUGUAAUAUAGAUGAAAAAA